CAUUCAGUUACCGAUUUUAGUCUAACGAGUAAGGAAGCAUUUGUUGGAAUUACGAUUUCGAAUUAUUAUAAUUAUUAAACUAAGUUAAAAGUUAAUUUACAAAAAAAUGAAGUACUACGUGUUGGUGAUAGCAGCUGUGGCCUAUUUGGCAUAUGUGCAUGGCGAUGCCUGCGUACAGUGUAACUCUGCUACCGAUCCGAAAUGUGCAACAGAUCCCGAAAAUUAUCUGGCCAAAACUUGCGCUGUGAACACAUCCAUUUGCUAUACGCGAGUACUCAACGGUAACACGAUACGUGGCUGCGCUUCUGAGUUGGACAACGCCACGGCGGUUGCUUGCCACAAUGAGUUGCAGUGUUUGAUUUGCUCUUUUGCCGAAGGUUGCAAUCGUCUCGUUUUCCCGCAAAGUCGCUCGCAGUGUCUGCAAUGCACGGGCAAUUCGACUAGCGACUGUGCUACCAAUGUCUAUGCCAGACCCACCGUAUGCCCGACUUACAAAUUGGGCGAUAAAUGCUACGUUAGAAACGACGGCAAGAACAAAACAAAUUCCUUCCAACGCGGUUGUCUCUCCUCCGCUCAAGCUAACAAACUCUGCGUGGAUGAGACGAACUGCUUCACCUGCGAAGGUGUCGGCUGUAACUUCAUUUCCGCCAAUAGCACCCAAAUCCCUGUUGCCCGUGAUGGCGCCGCUUUCAUUAGCUCUUCCAUUCUUGUAAUUGGCGUUGCUUUGGCCAUGUUGCGUUGGGCUUAAUUUUCCACCAACCAAUUUAAAAUAUUAAAUCUACUUAAAAUUUUUAUUCAUCUUUUUUUAUGAAGUAAAAUCCGUGUACGUUUUAUCGCCGGAAAUUUCGUGUUUUUGUAUUCAAAUGCAUAUUUCUUUUUGAAAUACUAAAAUUAUGAAAUGAAAUAAAUACCGAACAACAACAAAAA